AUGGCUUCUCCAUCCGCUCAAAUUCAACUGGCGCAAAUCCCACCCAGCAGCUCCAACACCAACCUGCGUUCCCGGUCAAUAACGGUCGAGCCGGAUUUGGAGCCCGGUUCAUCAGUUUGUUGCAGAAUCUGCCUCGAAACUGACUGCAGACAAGGUGAUGAACUCAUAGCUCCUUGCCUCUGCAAGGGCACGCAGGAGUUCAUUCACAGAGAGUGCUUAGAUCACUGGAGAUCUGUAAAAGAAGGUUUUGCUUUCACCCACUGCACCACAUGUAAAGCAGCGUUUCGAUUAGAAGUGAAAGAGGUGAAGUUUGACAUUGUCACAAGAAUAAAGCACAAGCUCUUUGUGGUCAGGGACUUUUUUCUUCACUUCGUGAUUGCACAAAUACUAAUUGCCGUGCUUGGUGGCUAUGCAUACAUGAUGGAUUAUAAGGGAUUCAUUCAAAAUUUUGUUGACAAAUAUUUCACCUUCUUGUCUUCCCAACCUUCUAUUUCCUUCUACUACAGCAUGGGUAAGCAUAAUUUUCACCUCUAA